GACACACCACAUUCAAAAUGGCCUCUAUCAGCAACUGCGCUGGACGUGGAUCAAAAUGUGGAUAAACAACACCCAACCGUGGUUUUACUUUUUGUCCGUAACGCUUAAAGUUUGGGAGGCGCAAUGUCAUGAAUGUACUGGACUGGCAGAAUCGGUAAGAUACAUAAGAUGAGAGCUAGUUUUGCAGACAGCCCAGCCGAACCGGGGCGCCGCCGCUGCAGCAGGGCUUCAUCUGCCUUUCUGAACCACCGACACCUCCAGUGAGAUGGAAAGAGUGGAAGAUGCUGAUGAGCCAGGACUCACACCGUCCAUCGAUGUCAACGACAACCGGGAGGAGUAUAAAGCACGCGUUUGCGUUUCAUCCUCCGAAAGAGCAGGGCAGGGCUCUGUUUACAAUUCGGCAUACGCUAAUCCGGGCAGUGCUGGACUGCCGACUAACAUUAUAUCCUCGGUGGUGGUAAGGUGCAGGGCCGGAGUAUUAAACGGGUUUCCCGAAGAGCUGGAGGUGCAUAUGGUGUGUCCGGAUGGAGAAGAGGGGGGAAAACUUUCCAGCUCGAAUGAGCCCGAGUGCGUAGAAAAACCCGACAAUGGUUAUUUAAAUUCCCAGCUGAGGUCUGCAGUGUCAUUUAUGGGUAAAAGCUCGUCGGAUAUGAAGAUGCCUAAUGGAGAUGUUACCCAUGAACACAUGGAUCACGGUCAUACUCCUUUAAGGUGUUUGGAUUAUGCACCAGCAGAAGGCUUCAACAGGAAGGUGUCUGCUAAAGACAGAGGUGUGAAAGUGGGCAAUGGGGGGUUGUUGAUUGUGAACAGUUAUGACACCCUCUCUCAAGUCCCCUUUGGUGGCCUUUCUGCUCCAGAAAGCCAUGUCUUUGUUCAUCAAAGCGGCAGUGUCUCCUCCACUGGGAAGUCAUGUGAAAGGAUCAAUCGAGGCAGCACUGAAAGCUCGGAGGAGGCCCGGCCCUGUGACCCAGAUCCUGCUGACACCCUCUCCGAGCUCAGUGCCAAGCUGUCCUUGUCACCCCUGGCAGAAAACACCAGUGAUUACACAGAGACAGACCCGAGCCCAGAGGAGGAUUUUAGUGAUGCGGGCCCCCCUCUAAGGCCCCGGAGCCUCCAGACUAAUGCCAGUCACACAGUCUCCCUCAGCUGUGAUGCCACUCCUCUUAGCCCCGUGGAUGAUGGGUACUUUGGAGCAGAGGGUGGUGUGGACGAAUGUCUCGGCUCUGGCGGUCGAAGGCAGAGUGCUCCAGAUAGGGUAGCCGCUGACCCCGAUCCCUCAUCUGACCAGACGCUUGGCACUAAGAGACAUGGCAUUGCUGAGUUCUUGACCAGGAGUUUGUUUUCCUGGAAGCCCAAGGACUCAAGAGCCGCAGCAUCCCAAAGUUCUCCAGGAUGGAAGCUGUUUGGGAAAAUUCCACUGCGGGACAACCCUCCGAGAGACUCUAGAACCAUCCAGGAGAAGGACUACGAGUCCAGGGCGGGACAUGCCACAGGACCAUCCUCUCACCCUCAGCCAAUGAAACGCAAGAAUCUGGAGUUUGAGCCUUUGUCCACGACCGCUCUCAUUUUGGAAGACAGACCUGCAAACCUGCCAGCUAAAUCUGAAGAGGAAUCUCAGAGACACCGGCAGGAAUACAGUGAGAUGGUUGCAGGGGCCAAGAGAAGGGAGAUGAAAGAGGCACUGAAGAAAAAACGACAAAUGAAGGACCGAUACCGACAGGAGGAGAACAUUGCUAAUGCCAUGGUAAUCUGGAACACAGAAGUCCUGCCGAAUUGGGAAAGCAUGCGUAACACACGACGUGUACGUGACCUCUGGUGGCAGGGCGUCCCGCCUAGCGUCCGCGGGAAAGUCUGGAGCCUCGCUAUCGGGAAUGAGCUCAACAUCACCCCAGAACUGUAUGAGAUCUUCCUGUCCAGAGCCAAAGAGAAGUGGCGGAGCUUCAAUGAGACGAGUUCAGUAAAUGAAAAUGAAGAUUAUGGCGUGACACUGGCAGACAGAGAAUCCAGUCUGGAUUUAAUCAAGCUUGAUAUUUCCAGAACUUUUCCCUCUCUCUACAUUUUCCAGAAGGGUGGACCAUAUCAUGACAUAUUGCACAGUCUGUUGGGGGCAUACACCUGUUAUAGACCUGAUGUAGGCUAUGUUCAGGGGAUGUCUUUCAUUGCUGCUGUUCUCAUUCUGAAUUUGGAGGAAGCCGAUGCCUUCAUUGCCUUUGCCAACCUCCUUAACAAACCAUGCCAGAUGGCCUUCUUCAGAGUGGACCAUGACCUGAUGCUGAAGUAUUUUGCAGCCUUUGAGGUGUUUUUUGAAGAGAACCUUCCCAAACUAUUCCAGCACUUUCAGAACAACAGCUUGACGCCUGACUUUUACCUCAUAGACUG